AUGGGUGACGGACCGGCCAACCAAGGGCCUGUUUCCGUCCCCAGCAGUAAUAAUAACAACACCAAUCUUCCCACUUCUGGACCAGCAACCACACCCGCACCAGUUACGGGCUCCAGCCGCGGUGGUGUAACAUCAAACACGCCGACAACCUCCAGCGGCUUCCGCCACCAGGCCAUCCGCAUCCAAGAACCCUCCGAACGGCGUCCCCUUCUCCCACAGCGCGCCGCCUUCUCGCACAACCUCGACGCCAACGUCUUCUCCUGCCAGAGCUACGGCACCACCCCCGGCGGCAACAACAACAGCAACAACGCCAACGAUGGCGGCACUCCGGGCAACUCGGUGCACGUGCGCAGCCUCCCGGUGUACACGACGAUUCACCGGAUCCGGCGCGACAUCAUCUCGGUGGUGGAGGACUACCUCUCGUUGGACCAGCUGCGCGACGUGCGGCUCAACGUGUCGGUGAUCCGCCCGCUGGUCGACAAGCUGUACGAGCAGGACGACAUCUCCAUCGUCUACGCCCUGCUGGUCAACCGCGCCCAGUUCCUCAGCGAGCAGGCCCACCUCAGCAACCGCCAGAACGUCAACUUCACCCGCGCCAUGCUGUGCGAGCUCAUCGCCACCCGCAUCCUGCGCCGCUUCAACGAGGACAAUGAGGGGCCACGCAACUUGCUGGUGCUGGCGCAUAUUCUGAUUGCCGGGUUUGAGCCGUUCCAGAAUGCACCCGAGUCCGUCCGUGCCGAGGCCGGCGCGUCGAGUGCCCGUCAUAGGACGCUGCCUGCCCUGGAGGUGGCUAUUCUGAGUGAGAGUCGCGUGUUCCUGGCGAGUACCAGUUGUCAGAAGAUUGUCGAUGCCAUCUAUGAAGGGAGGGUGAUUUACACCCCCUCGACCUACAUGGACAUCAUCCCUGACAGGUACAAGCAGCGGCCCAUCUCGCUGUACAACCCCCGAGAGGCGCCGCUGCUCAACCACUACCGCCUGGUGGUGCCCCGGACGCGGAAUCUCCUCGAGAUGAUGCACUUUGUGGUGCUGCUGGCCCUGUACCUCGCCUUCAUGAGCGAGAGGGACGGCACGCGCAUCACCACCCUCGAGAUGUGUUUUACGUUCUACGCUCUGGGGUGGGUGCUGGACCAGUUUGCCACGCUCCUGGGCCAUGGAUGGGAUGUGUACGCUCAAAACUUAUGGUCCUUCCUCGACGUCACCUUUGCCGUUAUCUACUGGAUCUACCUGGUCAUCCGCAUUUACGGCUGGGGGGCUGGGAAGCCGGAAGCCGGGCAGCAGGCUCUCGACGUGCUGGCCAUGGGCGCCCCAGUGCUGAUCCCCCGCCUGGCAUUUAAUCUGCUCUCGGACAACUUGGUGUUCCUAUCGCUUAGGUCUAUGAUGUCCGAUUUUGCGCUGCUGUCGGCUCUGGCCAUCUGGUGCUUUCUCGGCUUUCUACUCUCGCUAGUUUGGCUGGGGAAUGGCCAUUUCGGCGCUGCGACCAUCAGCAAAUGGAUGAUUUACAUCUGGUUUGGGCUAGACGGGUCGGGUAUUCAACGUUCGGCCGACUUCCACCAAAUCCUAGGCCCUGCCCUCAUGGUGACCUUUGCCUUCCUCGGCAACACGCUCUUCCUCACCAUCCUAGUCUCCAUGCUCUCCACCACCUUCGGGCACAUCGUCAAUAACGCGCCCGCCGAGAUCCAGUUCCGCCGCGCCGUCAUGACCCUCGAGGGCGUCAAAGGAGACGCCAUCUUCGCCUACCCGCCCCCCUUCAACAUCCUCGCCAUCCUGCUUCUCGUCCCCCUCAAAUUCUGCGUCUCCCCCCGCUGGUUCCACAAAAUCCACGUCCUCUCCGUCCGCCUCAUCAACCUCCCCAUCCUCCUGCUCAUCGCCCUCACCGAACGCCGCUCCCUCACCCCCAGCCCCAACCCCACCGUAGGCAUCAACCCAAACACAGGCAGCAUCAGCCUAACCGCCGCCCUCCUGCCCACCCUUUCCCCCGCCCCGUCCCUCGCCCGCAGCAGCACCCUCUACCACCCGCCCCUCAAGAUCCGCCGCCGCUUCUGGGACCGCUGGCGCAUCACCGCCCACGGCGACAUCGCCACCGUCUUUGACGUGCCCCUGCCCGACGCUGUUUUGGCCUGA